UAUUGCUUUACGGGAAUUAUUGACAAAGUUGAAAAUAAAGUAACAAUAAAAAUUGCAACACAUCUUUCUCCAAAAUUGAUGAGAGUGCAAUAUGCAAAAAAAUGCAAUGAAGAAGUUCUUGAGACAUCUCUCAGAUACAGAAUCACAAUAAAUGUUAUACAAGGCGACUGCAAUGCACGUGUUACACUAUUCGAUCAAGCGGCAGAGGUAUAUGUAGGAUGCUCUGUGGAUGAAUAUAUUUCUUCAAUCAAAGAGGGUGAAACAGACUCCACAUACUAUAGAGGAUUAAGCACACAAGCGUACACACAAAUGCGCUUCAUGACGAUGCUCAAGUUUAUAAAAUUCGAUCAACGAGGAAAUCUCAAUAUCGUAGCAAAUGCAAUCCAAAAAACGCAACCAAUAGAAAGCAUCGAUGUUGGAGAUAUUGAAGAAGAUCCGACUCAAGUGGAAGAAAAGAAACAUUCACCCGAGAAAUCUAAAAAGAAAAUCCCGUCUAGAAAGAAAAAUCUACGAUGGAAUUGCAGCCCACAGAAUCGCAAAAGGAAAAAAGAAGGGUAACCAAGAAAAAGUUUGAUGACUACAUUGAGAUUACAAGUGACGACGAUCUGCCGCUGAACAACAUUCUGUUGCAAACCAAAAAUACGAACAAAAGAUCCUCAAUUGUCAAAAUCAAACAAGAAAAAAUUUAAAA